UCGGCGAUGUGUUUGCAACUCAGAUCGCUUCCUGUUGGGUGGUUAUUGGGCCUCCGAAGAAUGACAGCAUGCUGUGAGUCGGUGGGAGUGCUACAAAAGGCAAUAUACGGCGCCCACUUAACCCAUUCCGGCACGUCUGAGGAGGUUGUGGAUUAACUGCGGCUUUUAGGACUUGUUUCAUAAACGCACACACUAAAUAAAACCCUCACUUCAAGAUGGAAACCAUCGCUGCUCUUCUCUGUCUGUUGAUCCUUGGGGAAGUGUCCUCAGCAUCCCUCACAUGUGAACCAAAGGAACCAGGGGACAACAGCCGUGAAAAGGGCAUUGAUGUUGAUGUGACAUCAGGCAUGUCCCCCAGGUGCUGGAGUAGAUAUAAGCAAGAGGGUUUUGAAGUUCACAUCCUGGACCUGGUCUUCAGCAGCAAUUCUUCCCUGUUUUUCAUAAUGGAUUUUGAGAAACUUAACAAAGUUCAUGUGGUGCUGAAGAGAUGCAGCGAAACUCCCUUACAGGUUUUUAAACGCGACGGCACACCAAUCAAGUUUCAUGAUAUGAGUAAUACAACUGACGUCCAUGAAGAUCAUGUCGUAUAUGAAAUCUGUCAUAUGAAUAUCUUGGAACUGGUCACGAAAAGAUUUGGGGGGGUGACAUCGUUUACAACAAUUUAUGACCCAUCUGAAGUUAUCUUUACUGGAAAGCAGGCGGAUAUAAAUUCAGUGGAGUGCAUUCCUGAAAAAGGAUUUUUCCCAAAGCAAUACCUAUUGUAUGAUAUUAAAAAUCCAGCUUUUAAACAACCCUUUAAGCUGUGUUCCAGUGACAAUGCUGCACCUGGAAAGAAAAUGCACAUUAUCAACAUUCCAGAUUCAGUUCCCAUCCAGGAGGUUUUCAUUCACGUCAUUUCAGACAAUGAAACAGCACUAUUUUUGAGAGGACCAAGUGGUACAGUGUGGAAUGUUGAAGAACCAUUCAAAUUAAUUUCUAACAAUCAGGUGCAGAUGAAAUUUAAUGGAUCCCAGAUCACCGUCGAGCCUUCAAUAGAGAAUGUUAUAGACAGUUAUAUGGAUGUCCAGCAUUUAGCUAUGAAAAAAAUGGGUUUGAAUUUCAUGUAUGUAGAAAUUACAGCUGCCAUUUCGAAGAUAAGACUGGUGAUUAAAGAACCAACUUCUUUAAUCAAUGGGUCUAAUCCACAGAUACCCCCAGGUUCAGCAUCCAUGCAGUUAUUUGAGUCUGCAGACUAUAAGACUCAUAUUGACCCCAUGGCCAAGGUCCAGAGUGAGAAGAGGAUAUAUGCAGAGAUUUCCAGCAGGAGUGAGGAGGUCGAGCUGGCGGCAUGUUCAGUGCGGUCUAGGGAUUCCUGUCGUGUGGAAUUGCCCAUACCUUUUCAAGUAGAGCACUGUCCUUGGAGUAUUUGCCAGAACAGGAUCAGGUUCAGCCUUUCUUUCCAGCAGAUCCAGGAUGCACCUUCAACUGCCUGGGAUCUUGAGUGCAAGGUCAAAGUCUGUCUCAGGCAAAGCAGUGACAUGAAAUGUCAUGACGAAGACUAUGUCAAAGUCGCUGUUGAAGUCGUUAAGUCGAGUGUGCCUUCUGCAUCGUGCCCCGACUUCAACCUCUCGGCUGUCCUAGGUGUCGCUUUCGGAGGAUUCUUAAUAGGGGUGCUUCUUAUGGGAGCUUUGUGGUUUAUCAAGGUUCGCACAGGAAUGGGUGUGGAAUCACCUCACAUUCCAGGAUGUCCCAGCUCUUUGGCCAAGCGGCAGCCCGUCUCCGGGAACAGCGCGCCCUCGCAGGACAGCAGCGCCAGCCCGAGCAUUGGCAGCACCCAGAGCACACCCACAAGCAGCAUGGCAUAGCGCAGGAGCAAAUGCAGCGGCAAAACCAACAUGCGGCCAAACAGUCUGUUCAGGUGCUGAGUAUGCGACCUUAAUCUAGGGAAAGAGAAUAGUUUUACGCACUAAAAACUAUUUUCUUUUUCUGGAUUAAGGAAAAUAUGGCCAGAUGGCGAUUUAUUUUUGUGAAAGAGAUGCUGCUUGUCAUAUAUUCACACACCACCAUUAUUGCACCUUGGCUGAGUGAUUUCAGUGAAGGUCAGUUUUGAUUUUGCACUCACCUCUGUAAAAUUCCAGGAAAGCCCUAAAUAAACUCCCAUUCCUAGCUACAGGAAGAACAUAUAUCACCCAUUAAAUAAACAGGAAAUGUGCUACAAUUUUUACAAUAAAGCAUGUUGAGAAAUCAUGGUCGGUUUCAGAGGAUUAGCUUAAUUUAAAAUAAUUGUUUAUAGUAUAUUCCCUCAUAGUGGCCCCAGAAUUUCUUAGAAUUUUACAUUUGCAUUCAUUCAUUUAACGGUUUUAUUCAAAGCAACAUACAUUUGAGAAAGCGGGGUUAGCCAGACCCUAGAGGAGAGUAACAAACUGAAAGACAAAAAAAAAUUAAAUAUACGGCAGAAGAAACAUUCAUGAAUUCAGAACGCUAACUGGAUCUGGUAUAAAUUAAAGCAUGACAUAUGUUUGUAAAUAGAAGUUGGUUUUGUUGGAAUCGGAAAGGAAAUGCUACCUCUUUACGCACGUUUGAGUGUCACGUGUAACGCUAGAUUCAUGAUCUGACUAUCAGUAGGUAAAUGCAGCCUCUCCUGUCACACACACAACCAGUACUGUAAUACAACAGUCAGAGCAGCACAAAUCAUUACAUAAAAUACUUAUUUUUUAAAACAUCGAAAAGGAGUACAUGUGCUAUGUGAUUAUUUUAUAUCAUAUGGUCUUAGGCAGUGUCAGAUUAUAACCAAAUCAUGAGUGAUUUAAGAACUGUAAAAACAUAAACUUGAUUUUAUUUUGUUUAAUAAAACAUACAUUUUGGCCUUAUUGAACCAUUAGUGUCUAAAAAUGUGCAAUUUUGUGUUGAAAACAUGUUUUGAAGUUCCUGUUGAGGUAUACAAAUUCUCUCCAUUAAUACUGGACAGAACACUAAGGCAACUUCCAUUUCUAAUUUAGGACAUAUUUAGUGUGAUAGUAAAUGCACCUUUCCUCUGCCUUUCCUCCCUCUAAGUUCUGUGAAAUUUUAAAAUGUAUUUUAAUGUAUUUCAAAAUGAAAUUGUAUUGAAUUACAUAUAUACUGUAUUACACAUCUCUAUGUUAUUUAAGGGCAAAUAUGAAUUAAGACAAUUGAUUGUCUUUGAGUGUAAGUGUGAAGUUAUAUGGAACCUGUUAUGUGUUAGUUGUACAGUGUUUUUGUAUGAUAUCUGUGUGAAUAUGUGGGCUUAACCGAAGGGGGGAAUCUUGAAUUAUGCCACUCGAGUAUUAAAUGUAACAGUCUAUAAGUCUAUAUAUUUUUGUUUAAAAUAAAAGGUCUAAUGAUUAAUACGCUA